AAACCCUUUCGAUCUCGCAAAACCCUACCGUCCCUGCAAAAAAAGUCGUCUCCCUUACGAAGCGGAAUUCAAAAAUGGCUUUGAGUUCUAUUCUCCGCCGGGCUUCCUCGUCGGUGUUGCCCCUCGCCCUCCGCUCUGUUGCAGCUCCGAGAAGCUUCCACCAUGCCAUUUCUGCGGCUAUCACUACUGGGAAGCACAAUUUCAGCAAAGAAUUUAACCCGGGUUUCUUUCUCUCAUUUCUUCGAUCUUAUUCGGCUGCGCCAGCCAGAGACAGCGCUGACGUUAGUCUUAUUCGGGUUCUUCAGUCUGAGAUUAAAUGCGCCGAGGAAGAUCUUGAGAACUACGUAGAUGAAAUCCCAGAAGAGUUUCCUUUUGAAAUCCAAGACAAUCCUGGGGAAAGAACCAUUACACUCACUAGAAAGUACGAGGAUGAAACUAUCAAAGUUGAAGUUGAGAUUCCUGAUGUUACAGCUGAAGGGGAAGAAGAGGAUGAAGCUGGCGAGGAUGAUGAGCAGACUCGCCAAGAAUCCAGCCUUCCCCUGGUCCUGAGUAUUUCCAAGGAUGGCGGAGUAUGUCUUGAAUUUGGUGUUACCGCCUACCCUGAUGAAAUAUCUAUAGAUAAUUUGUCAAUUAGGAAACCAGAUAGUUCUGAGGACCUGCUUGGAUAUGAUGGACCUGCAUUCCAAGAUUUGGACGAGAACUUGCAGAAAGCUUUCCACAAAUAUCUUGAGAUUCGUGGGAUUAAACCCAGCACAACAAAUUUCUUGCACCAGUACAUGAUCAACAAAGAUAGCCGAGAGUACUCGAUAUGGCUGAAGAACUUGAAGAAUUUUAUUGAGGAAUAAAUAACCAGCACUGAAUUUUUUAGACAAGGGUUAUGACUUUUAUUGCAGCAUUAUUCAGGGUUUAUAUUUUAAUGUUACGUAGGGAGGGUUUGCCUACGAUUUUGAGUACUAGAUAAAAAGUACAUAAUCCUUUAAAAAGGAUAGCUCCUUCUAUUUAAAACAGUUAUCCUAUAGGCUUUGUGAGCUUUAGAUUCGAAUCUUCUACCUUUGGUUGAUAUUAUAUGUUUUAAUAA